AUGAAAUUACUUUCUUUGAUAUUCUUCAUUAUAAUUUUUAAGUUGGGCUUGUCUUAAACUCUUUAUUAUGAAGCAUUUUCCUCAGUAACUUUAAUUUCAAUGGAAGGUACAUUAAUUGAUUAAAUAAAUAGAUUGGGCAACAAUUAACGCUUAUGGAAAUUUUUCUGAUUGUGAUGGAACACAAAUUUUUGGUGGAUUCAACACAUUUGGUAUGGGUACCAAAGUUAUGAAAUUGAUUUAAUUACCUCCCCAUUUUUAUGUAUAAAUAAAAAUGAAAUUUUGGAAGUAAUAAUUUUCAUAUAAUUAUCAGAAUAGAUACAUGGGACAAUGAAUAUUUUAAUAUAAAUAUUGAUGGGGCUUAGGCUUUUUCUUAAUAAUACUAAUCUAUUUCAAGUAUCUCAGAAUGUGGAAAUAGUUGGGGAGAAGAAAUCUAAUUAAUAACUAUUUCUUUACCUCAUUUUUACCAAUCGAUUUUAAUUUAUAUGUUCUCCACGCUAGAUGAAAAUCCGUCAAAUGUAAGAUAUUCAUAAAAUAUAGGAAUCAUGGGGUUUUAGAGAUUUUUAAUUAUUUCUUUAUCUUUGCCCCCCUGAUUGUUUGUCUUGCACUUCUGAUGAUUUAAAAAAGGAUUGUGUUUUAUGGAGCAUUGUUGAUUUUGCAUUUUUAGAAAUUUAUUUAUCAACUUUUUAAGAAGGUUGGUAAAUAAUAAAUGGCAUUCAAGGUAAUAGUGAUUGCAAUGGUAUAUAAUUUUAUUGUGGAUAUGGCAGAUGUGGACACAAUAGUAUAAUAUAAAAGACGUUAAAUCUGCCGACUCAUUAACAGCUCAUGAUAAGAUUUCGUUUAGGGUUUUUUGAUAGUUGGGAUAAUGAAUAUGUUUAUCUUAAUAUAGAUGGAAAUUUAGUUUUUUCUCAGAGUCAUUUUUUUUAUUAGGAAGGUAAUGCUGAUUUAUGUGGUCUAACAUAUAGUGAUUAUCUUCCAAACUUUUAAAUAAUUAUAGAUCAUUCUGAUGCAAUGAUUAGACUUGAAUUUACUACUAGCUUAGAUGAAUCUCUAAUUAAUGAAUCAUUUGGUUUAAGAGAUUUUCAAAUUUUCACAAAAAUUAUUAAAACUUGUGGUAAUGGAGUUAUAGAAUAAACUGAAUAAUGUGACGAUGGUAAUAUUUAUGCUUUUGAUGGAUGUUUUAUUUGUUAAUAUUCUUGUGUAGAAGGAUGUUUAAAUUGUAUUGAUGGUAUUUGUUUUGAAUGUGACAUUGGGUGGAUAUUUAAAUCAGAUUUUAAUACNUACCUAAUUACCCAUUUUGAGAAGAGAAACUUAAAGUUCCAUCCAAGUAAAUAAAUAAAAACUCACCAUCCCAAGAAUCAAUUCUAUAUACAAUAAGUUAAAAUUACUUCCAAAAUUCCAUAGUUAUGUAUAUUGAAUAAUGAGGAGGCAAUUGAAGGAAUUUCCUAGCUUAAGCUAACCUUCCAAAUGCAUUAAAUCCUCCAAGAAUUCUCGUUCCAGCACAAUCAGAAUAAGUAUUUAAUGCAUUUGUAAUAGUCCAGUCUAAAAUUAAAAUUAAUUUUGA